AUGGACCCGAUUUCUAUCACCGGUCUCGUAAUAGAGGUCAGCCAUGUGCUAUCGAGCCUGAUCAGAUAUGCCAAAGCGGUGCAGACGGCAAAGUCCGAAGUGCGAAAACUCAGCGAAGAGCUCUUUGCUCUGAAAGGGAUCUUGGAGCAUCUGACAGCGCAGAUGGAUGAUGCCCCUAAGUGGGAGGAAUCUGAAACAAGCCCAUUCGACCGCGACGUCAUGGCGAGAGUGCUGCAUACAACAAAUGAGUUCCUCCAAUCCUUACUCAUGGACUUAGAAACGGCUGAGACCAAGUUUAAGCGCCUCAAGCAAACUCUGAAAUGGCCCUUUACUCAGACGCAAGUCAGUGAGCAUUUGAUCCGUCUUGAAAGAGUCAAAUCGUGGUUGAUACUGGUUCUCAUUGCGGACCAUAAAUCGGUGGAUCGGGAGAUGCAGCAUGAGAUUCGUGAUCUGACAAACACAUUGAAGGAAGACUUGCGGAUUCGAGCUCAGGAGCGGAAUCAAUUUGCUAACAGAGAGCUUGUGCAAUGGAUAGCCCCUGUAAGCCCCGAAAGCUCUCAUCUGCGGGCGUCAAAAAGACAUAGAAAUGGGACUGGUAGAUGGUUUGUCGACGGUCAUUUGAAGGCGUUUCUUAAUCAAGAUGAAAAUCGGGCUUUCUUCCUCUUGGGAAAAUCCGGAACUGGAAAAUCUACGCUGUUUGCACAAGUUGCCGAUGAACUCACUUAUAUGGCUUCUCAGGGCCAAUCCAUGUGUGUUGCUUAUUUUUAUUGCACAAUUAGCGAUUUCGCCUCCCAGAACGCAAGGAAUGUUCUAGGAUCGCUUGUGGCACAGCUCUCGGUCACAGUUCCUUCAAUACUGGACGAGAUUCGGGCUGUCUACAAGAAAGGCCCAAAGAAUCAGGCGCAUAGGUUCCCCAUCGAAUUAUCCGUUCUCGAAGCUGCAAUCGCUAAGGCUGCUUCCGAAAAGACAAAGAUUGUUCUUCUGGUUGAUGCAAUCAACGAAAGUCACGACAUGCAGCUUCUUGAAGCGUCCCUUCUCAAGCUUUCUAGUCUUUCUACAAACAUCCGCGUACUUAUAACCACUACAAGCACCAUGAGUUCCAUCAAGCACCCCGAUGCAUUUGUCUUGAACAUAAGCGGAAAAUCGCGAGGGGACAUUGCACCAGAAUUCCAAGCGGAGAUUGAAUACACACUUCUUCGAAAUGCCGAUGGAUCAUUCCGCUGGGUCCAGCUCUCAUUGGACAACCUAAGCACGCAGCGAUCUGUAAGGGCAAUGCGACAGGCCUUGAAAACCCUCCCAGGAACUUUGCGCGAGACAUAUGCAAAUAUGUUGGAAAGAAUUGCACCUGAUGAUUGGAAGAUUGUUCAUGAGGCCCUCUUUUGGCUCAGUUUCACCAAACAGCCUCUUACUUUGAAGAGCCUCAACGAAAUCGUGGUCAUGGACGAGACAAGUGUGACACUCGAGAAGGACAUGAUGCUUGUUCCUCCACAUAUUCUACUUGAGAUUUGUCAGGGACUCAUCACUGAGGACCAAGAUGGCUAUCUCAAUCUCGCGCAUGCGUCUGUCAAGGAUUUCCUAACAUCUGAUUGGAUUCGCUCAUCUCGAGUCCAAUAUUUUGCCCUGGAUCCUACAACUGCAGAUCUGAAAGCCAUGCACAGUUGUCUCACGUACCUGAGUCUGGACAAUUUCGCACAGGGAUACCUAGCAUGUCCCGAGAACCCAGCCAAAGUACGACAGUCUCAUCCUUUCAUGAAGUAUGCUACAAACUUCUGGCCCCAGCAUGGUGCUGCUUGCGGCUUUGGGGGUCCCAAGCAAGACAUGAUCCAUAAAUUCUUUGCCACAAGGUCUCUUCCCGGCGGGGGCAAUUAUGGCACGUGGAUACAGGCGUUGUUACAGACAACCGCUGGUUCAAACACGAAAGAUGCUGUGGCCAUUGACGGAACACAUCCGCUAUACUACGCUGCCUCAUUUGGGAUGGUUCCAGUCGUCGAGUCUAUUAUCGCUGCCGAACCAGACAUUGAUAUCAAUGCUCCUGGUGGCCGUAUUGGAGCUACACCCGUGUGGAUUGCUAGUCUUCGCUUUAACUUUGAAGUCGUGGAUAUCCUCCUGCGUGCUGGAGCUGAUCCAUCCAUCCGGGAUCCAGGUAGUGGGUUUAAUGUGCUUGAUCUUUUGAGGAUGGUGCCGACCCGUCAUCGGAACUACCAUGCCCUUCGUCCCAUUUUAGACCGCCCAGCACCUUGGAAGGAUCAGUUGAAAGAACAAGGUGGAAAUCAGUGCAAUUUGUUAGAAAAAGCCAAGUGA